UAUGCUUUCCCCUUCGACAUGCAAGUAAAAGGAUCCAUCGAAGUGAAUGUUAAAGGACAGCCUCCUCAAAGAAUACACAUGAUGUGAAAUAUACGCGGUAUCUCAAUUUCAGAAGCAAGUAGACUAGAUAGCCCCCCCCGCUCUUUCUGUGAUUAUACUGAUUUUUAGCUAAGCUACUUUGAUUAGGUUUAGGUAGAAGACGAAAGGCCCAUCUGUCAAGAUCACCAUAUAGACGAAAGUUUGAAUUGUGUCUUUUAGCAUGUUAUGUGUUCACUUUUCGCAUGUUGACAUCCUCUCUCUAUACUCGAAUUAUCAAGGGAACGAAAUCGCCUUUAUACUACUACAGUCUGAUUUAUUUUUACAAAACUAAAUAUAAAGGAAUAUCAAUCUUCAAAAAAUGUUGCGCUUCUUGUUCUCAUGCUUCUUGUAAUAAGGAAAUACUCUUGACUCUUCAAACUGAGCGAGCAAGAGUAGGCCCGGGCUGGUGCGAAAGCGAGAAUGAAGAACUUGGCUGCCGCUGCAGCGAAGGCAAAGGCGGAUCAAGCCGCAGACCGACCAAGUAGCUCACCUGCAUCUCCGCAGGCGGGUACACGGGCAACCCCGGCCAAAGCAUCUCCGCUCAUAGGUACGGUAGUGAGG